AUGACAUCCUUAUCUAUCUAUCUAUCUAUUUGUUUCUCUCCUUUUGGAUCAUAUCUUCUUUCUCUCUAUCUAUCUCGGUCUGUUUAUUAUCUAUCUAUCUAUCUAUCUAUCUCGGUUUGUUCAUAUCUAUCUAUCUAUCUAUCUAUCUCGGUUUGUUCAUAUCUAUCUAUCUAUCUCUCUAUCUAUCUCGGUCUGUUCAUAUCUAUCUCUCUAUCUAUCUCGGUCUGUUCAUAUCUAUCUAUCUAUCUAUCUAUCUCGGUCUGUUCAUAUCUAUCUAUCUAUCUAUCUAUCUAUCUAUCUCGGUCUGUUCAUAUCUAUCUAUCUAUCUAUCUCGGUCUGUUCAUGUCUAUCUAUCUAUCUAUCUCGGUCUGUUCAUAUCUAUCUAUCUAUCUAGGUCUGUUCAUAUCUCUCUCUCUCUCUCUCUCUAUCUAUCUCGGUUUGUUCAUAUCUAUCUAUCUAUCUAUCUAUCUAUCUCGGUUUGUUCAUAUCUAUCUAUCUAUCUCGGUUUGUUCAUAUCUAUCUAUCUAUUUAUCUCGGUUUGUUCAUAUCUAUCUAUCUAUCUAUCUAUUUAUCUCGGUUUGUUCAUAUCUAUCUAUCUAUCUAUCUAUCUAUCUCGGUUUGUUCAUAUCUAUCUAUCUAUCUAUCUAUUUAUCUCGGUUUGUUCAUAUCUAUCUAUCUAUUUAUCUCGGUUUGUUCAUAUCUAUCUAUCUAUCUAUCUAUCUAUCUCAGUUUGUUCAUAUCUAUCUAUCUCGAUUUGUUCAUAUCUAUCUAUCUAGGCCUUAUCAUUAUCUAUCUAUCUCAAUUUGUUCAUAUCUAUCUAUCUAG